ACUCUUCGUGCUUCUCUCUUUAGUAAGUUAAGCGGCACUUCUCCGCUAAAUCCCUUGCUACUCUCUCUAACUACAUUUCAUUUCAUUUACAUCUCUCUCUCUCUCUCUACGAGUUUCACUUCACUCGCUGAAUCCUGAAUCCUGAAUCCGAAUCUUCGUCCUCAUUCUCGAAUUGAUCGGUUGGUGUUCCGGUAAUCGGAGAAAUCUGAUCGGGAACUGCACGGAUCUGACGGGAGAAGCCCCAGAUCGGAGCAGUGGGAAACGUCGGCGGUUGGGAUGGAGGAGGCGCUGGAACUGGCGCGUGCAAAGGAUACAAAGGAGCGCAUGGCGGCGGUGGAGCGGCUCCACCAACUUCUGGAAGCUUCUAGAAAGAGCCUGAGCCCGGCGGAGGUGACGUCGCUCGUCGAUUGUUGCUUGGAUCUCCUCAAGGACAGCAAUUUCAGGGUCUCCCAGGGCGCGCUUCAGGCGCUUGCCUCUGCCGCCGUGCUCGCCGGUGAACAUCUCAAGCUUCAUUUGAAUGCCCUUGUGCCCGCCGUCGUGGAGCGGCUCGGCGACGCCAAACAGCCCGUCAGGGAUGCCGCGAGGCGGUUGCUGCUCACUCUCAUGGAGGUUUCUUCUCCCACGAUUAUUGUAGAAAGAGCGGGCUCGUAUGCUUGGAUGCAUAAGAGUUGGAGAAUUCGUGAAGAAUUUGCGCGUACCGUCACAUCGGCUAUUGGUCUUUUUGCAUCUACUGAGCUUCCGCUUCAGCGGGCUAUACUUCCUCCGAUCCUUCAGAUGUUAAAUGAUCCAAAUCACACCGUCAGGGAAGCUGCAAUCUUGUGCAUUGAGGAGAUGUAUAUGCAGGGUGGGUCUCAAUUCCGAGAAGAACUUCAGCGCCACCAUCUUCCAUCAUCUAUGGUGAAAGAUAUUAAUGCUAGACUUGAGAGGAUAGAACCGCAACAACAACGGUCUUCAGAUGGGCUUAAUGUUAAUCUUGCUGUUAGUGAGGUUAAGCUACUAAGUAUCAAUCCCAAGAAAAGCACUCCCCGGGCGAAGACUUCGACUCGGGAGAACUCAUUAUUUGGGGGAGAACCAGACAUCGCGGAGAAACCCAUUGAGCCAAUAAAAGUGUACUCGGAGAAGGAACUGAUCAGAGAAUUUGAGAAAAUUUCUUCAAUACUUGUCCCAGAUAAAGAUUGGUCAAUCCGCAUAGCAGCGAUGCAGAGGAUUGAGAGCCUCGUUGCAGGAGGUGCUGCUGAUUACCCUUGCUUUCGAGGUCUCUUGAAGCAACUUGUUGGUUCUUUGAGCACACAGUUGUCUGAUCGGAGAUCUAGCAUUGUUAAGCAGGCUUGUCACCUCCUAUGUUUCUUGUCAAAAGAGCUGCUUGGAGAUUUUGAAUCAUGCGCUGAGGUGUUUAUUCCGGUACUUUUCAAGCUGGUUGUGAUCACUGUGCUUGUAAUUGCAGAAUCGGCUGAUAACUGCAUAAAAACAAUGCUGCGCAACUGCAAAGUUACCCGUGUACUUCCUCGCAUAGCUGAUUCUGCAAAGAAUGACCGUAAUGCAGUUCUCCGGGCGAGAUGCUGUGAAUAUGCGCUGUUAAUACUCGAGCAUUGGCCCGAUGCUCCAGAAAUUCAGCGGUCAGCUGAUUUAUAUGAAGAUCUAAUUAGGUGCUGUGUUGCAGAUGCUAUGAGUGAGGUACGAGCAACUGCCAGAAUGUGCUAUAGAAUGUUUGCAAGAACUUGGCCUGAGCGUUCUCGUCGCUUAUUUUCUUCAUUUGAUUCUGUCAUCCAAAGGUUGAUUAAUGAAGAAGAAGGUGGGAUCCAUAGGAGACAUGCCUCACCAUCUGUCCGUGAAAGAAGCUCUCAGCCUUCAUUUACUCAGACAUCUGCUCCAUCUAACCUACCUGGUUAUGGAACUUCAGCCAUAGUUGCUAUGGAUAGGAGUUCAAGUUUAUCCACCGGAGGGUCUCUUUCUUCAGGUCUACUCCUGUCUCAGUCAAAGGGUCUCAGUAAAGUUUCUGAACGUAGCUUGGAAAGUGUGUUGCAAUCAAGCAAGCAGAAAGUCAGCGCAAUUGAGAGUAUGCUCAGAAGUCUGGAUAUAUCUGAUAGACAGAAUCCUGCAGCUCUUCGUUCGAGUAGUUUGGAUCUAGGAAUUGACCCUCCAUCAUCCCGUGAUCCUCCAUUUCCUGCUGCUGUUCCGGCUUCGAAUAGCCUCACAAGCUCCACAACUGGUAAAUCAACUUCUUCUAGUAUCAACAAAGGCAGUAGUCGCAAUGGUGGUCCGGUUUUUUCAGAUAUCAUUUCCCAUUUUCAAGCUUCAAAGGAUUCGGGAAGCCUAUCAUACCGUGGUAAUCCGUUGUCUGAGUCUCACCCUAAUUUUUCAUCCUUGGCAGCUAAAAGGAUAUUGGAGAGACAAGAGAGAGGUUCUUUUGAGGACAACCAUGAAAGGGAGGCUAGACGGUUUAUGGGUGGUCAUUUCGAUAGACAACACAUGGAUACCCCCUACAGAGAUUUGAACUUCAGGGAUUCAAAUGUUAGUCAUGUUCCCAAUUUCCAGAGGCCACUUUUGAGGAAGAAUGUAGGAGGACGAAUGUCAGCAGGCAGAAGGAGGAGUUUUGAUGACAGCCAACUUCAACUCGGGGACAUGUCUAAUUAUGUCGAUGGGCCAGCAUCUCUGAUUGAAGCCCUCAAUGAAGGGCUUAGUCCGAGUUCUGAUUGGUCUGUCAGAGUUGCAGGUUUUAAUUUUCUCCAAUCUCUGUUUCAGCAAGGCCCAAAAGGUGUUCAAGAAGUGAUCCAGAGUUUUGAGAAGGUAAUGAAACUUUUCCUACGUCACUUGGAUGAUCCUCAUCACAAGGUUGCACAAGCGGCUCUGUCGACACUUGCAGAUCUUAUACCAUCCUGCCGAAAGCCUUUUGAGAGCUACAUGGAAAGGGUCCUACCCCAUGUUUUUUCACGGUUAAUUGAUCCUAAAGAGCUGGUCAGGCAACCUUGCUUUACAACACUGGAUAUUGUCAGCAAAACCUACAGUGUGGAUUCUCUUUUACCUGCACUCCUUCGUUCACUAGAUGAGCAGAGAUCACCAAAGGCUAAAUUAGCUGUCAUUGAAUUUGCUAUCAACUCCUUCAACAGGUACUCUGGUAAUCCUGAAGUUUCUGGUAAUAGUGGAAUCUUAAAGCUAUGGCUGGCAAAACUGACACCACUAACUCGCGACAAGAAUUCUAAGUUAAAGGAAGCUUCAAUUACCUGCAUCAUAUCUGUCUACAAUCAUUAUGAUUCCUCUGGUGUGUUGAAUUACAUUCUUAGUCUAUCGGUUGAGGAGCAAAACUCUUUGAGAAGAGCUCUCAAACAAUAUACUCCUCGCAUUGAGGUGGACCUGAUGAACUAUCUGCAGAGCAAGAAGGAAAAACAGAGAAUGAAGUCUUCGUAUGACCCAUCUGAUGUUAUAGGGACAUCUUCUGAAGAAGGAUAUGCAGGUGCUUCCAAAACGAGUAUCUUCCUUGGUAGGUAUUCUGGCGGUUCUAUCGACAGUGACAGUGGCAGGAAAUGGAGCCCUUCUCGGGAGCUAACAAUGAUCUCUAGCGGUAUUGGUCAAAGUAUCUCCACUGGAACUCAAGAAAAGUUGUAUCAGAACCUUGGUAUUGGGAUAAGUUCUGGAAGUGAUGCAUCGAAGCCCAAUGAUACGAGUUACACAGUUACUUCAGCUGGUCAGAAUAUUUUGUCAAGAACUAUCCAUAACAAAAGUUUGGACGAUGUUGGAAACUUAGAUAGUGUAUCUCCGUCCUAUCUGGAGAAAAAUGGUCUGAAUUUGACAAACAGUGGUUCCUCGGAAGAAAGACUUGAAAACAAGGUUUCCCACGAGUUGGACUUGAGUGACUACAAGCUUGCAACUAUUAAGGUUAACCCUGCAAUGGAAUCUGGUCCUAGCGUUCCUCAGAUUCUUCAUAUGAUCAACGGGAGUGAUGAAAGCCCUUCUGCAAGUAAGAAAUCUGGACUCCAGCAAUUAAUUGAAGCCUCUAUAGCUAACGAGGAAUCAGUUUGGGAAAAGUACUUCAAUCAAAUUUUGACUGUUGUUCUUGAAGUGCUGGAUGAUGGAGAUUCAUCAAUUCGUGAGCUUGCUCUUUCAUUGGUUGCCGAAAUGCUCAAGAAUCAGAAAGGCACCAUGGAAGAUUCUAUCGAGAUAGUGAUUGAGAAGCUGCUUCAUGUCUCAAAAGAUGCUGUUCCGAAAGUUUCCAGUGAAGCUGAUCAAUGCUUGACCACAAUGUUGUCACAAUACGACCCUUUCAGAUGCUUGAGUGUGAUUGUCCCGUUAUUGGUAACUGAAGAUGAGAAAACUCUAGUCACUUGCAUCAACUGUUUAACAAAGCUUGUGGGUCAACUCUCGCAAGAGGAAUUAAUGGCUCAGUUGCCUUCGUUUUUGCCAUUUCUUUUCGAAGCAUUUGGGAACCAAAGUGCAGACGUCCGAAAGACGGUGGUGUUCUGUCUGGUGGACAUAUACAUAAUGCUGGGAAAAGAGUUCGAGCCCUUCUUGGAGGGACUAAACAGCACGCAGCUUCGACUAGUGACCAUUUACGCCAAUCGUAUCUCUCAGGCUCGAACUGGUGCCCCUCUUCACUCUUCCCCUUAACCCUUCUGCUCUCUGUUGUGUUUUUGUUUUUGCCUGCUUAUUUCUUUCUCUUUCAUUUUGUAUAUGUGUCUGUGUGUGGUUCCAUUUUUUUCUUUAAUUUUCACAUUAGGGUUUGUCUCUCUGUUUUUAUUUUUCCUCUUCACUUCACCAUAUGCUUGUUUUUUUUUUAAAAAAAAAAUUGGAAUUGUGUUGCUGUAUUUUCCCCCCGGGGGAACCUAUAUCAUGCGUUUUGGAAUUUUCUUCUU